AUGCAGUUCUCCACCUCCACUGUUCUCGCCCUCUUCGCCGCCGCCGGCGCUCUUGCCCUGCCUGAGGCCCAGACCCAGAACGCUGAGCGAUGCGUUGCUAACCUGCCCAACUGCGCUGGCUCCUCCCACAUCGGUGGUGACAAGUGCCGCUGUUCGGGCCAAGUCGCCCCUUGCGGCAACUGGAAGUGUGGCUGGGACGGACCUCACUCCAUCCUGAACUGCGGCUCCCAUGGAAGCGGUUGCCACUGGAUCAACUAA